CCGGUUCGAUUUGAACUUUAGCAGCGGGUACCGCAUUAACUAUUUAUUGCCAAAUCACCCAGUAUUGCUGUUCCAAUGUGCAAGGAAACAGGUCAUCUCGUACCUUGGGCAACUCGUACCUUGGACAACUCAUACAUUUAAUGUGACAUCAUUAUGCCAACUCGUACCUUGGACAACUCGUACCUUCAAUAAAGACGUCUCGUUCCAUUACGUUGUGUUUUUGGUCCAACGUAAUAACACCAAAAUGGAUGAGAAGCAGGGAGCAACUUCUGAUGAUGUCCCAACUGGGGAGGUAACGUCAACCACAGUUACAGAGGGUGAUGUUGUCAAGAUGCCAACAGAUGUGGCCAUCACUAUGGAUGCUAUUCCCAAUGAAGAUGAGGAGGACAAAUCCAAAGGUCUUGACCCACAAGAUAACCAUUCCACCAGCACCUCUGACGUACCGGUGACUGGGGCUGCCAUGACGGAUCCUUAUCACUAUCUGACGCAACAGCACUUCACCUCAGAGAUCUUCAAGAUUGAGAUCCAAAACCUCCCAAGAUAUUUUGGAUUUGCGGUUAAACAACAUGGUGACUCCACUGUGGAACCAGCUGUAUGAGGACCAGCUAUCCACCAAAUAGACCAACACCAGGGAGUUUCUGAGGAAUUUAUCCAAGAUGCUGCAACGGAACAUUGGGGAGAUGUCUCCGUGGCUGAAGCAACAAAGGUGAGCUACCCGCCAAAGACAUGGGAUGGUUGUGGGCCAGAAUGGAAAUGUGAUCUUCGUUGACAAAAAAACUGUUUCCAGACACAGUUUUCUGGCAAGUGGACUUACAUAUACAGCUGCCCUGAAAUUUCAUUAA